AUGAAGACUGAUACAGACGUUGAUACUGUGCUAGUAGAGUGCGUAGAGUCCUUGGAGACGUAUCUUGACGAACACAAUGUCUUGUGCACAAAGCUCAAGCAGGGAUUUUUCAUGCUGAUAAAAGCGAAAAUGCGACUGCCGGAACACGCACUGAGUGAGGUCUCGUAUCAUGAAACGUUUGAGGCGUCUCGUGUAGUGACGUUGGAUUCUGAUGGGAACUGGCGACUACAAAAUGCGUCGGAAGCUGAAGUAUUGAAUGUGAACAAGAAGAGCGGAGACGCGAUGCUGCACCAUCGAAGAGCAGGAACGAGGUAUGAGGAUGAAGAUCCUGUCCACAGCAAGAUUGGACUGGAAUCAGACACACUGCUUUGGUUCAGUGCAUUGCCGCCAAGUGACCUUCGUCAAGCACAGAAGCAGUUCUUGAAUGGACUACAGGCAGUGCUGGUGGCAGCGUCGGCGGCACAAAAGGUUCAGAAAGCUGUUAUAUGA